UAGACUUUUGAGUGCUUACAAGAAAAUGAUGCUAUGAUAGAGAUCGGGAAACAGUACAUUUUACGUUUAAAAAUCAGUACAAUAGUUGAUAGAUCUUUUUUAUGCAUUGAUUAAUUUUUCAAAACACAUUAACUGACGACCAAGCCGAGAGACAAAGUAGCCGUCAUAAGUUUAUAUAACAAUCCAAACAGGGCGAAGAACAUAUGGAGACUAUCUCCAUAAAAUGCCAAAGACGAUGAUAAUAUAUAUCUAUAGACUAUAAGCUGGUUAAAGAGACAACUCUGUGCCUGACUUUCAGAGCAAGGAAAGUUUUGUAGCUUUUGAUAGUCAUGGAAAUGUCGAUUUUUCGAUUGAUCAAUGAAGAAAUGACCUUCUCUAUUCUUCUUUCAACAAUCUUUAUUUUUAGUUUCUUCUUUCUUGUAAGAUGGCUUGAACCUAGCACGAAAAACCUCCCACCUUCACCACCAAAACUACCCCUAAUCGGAAACCUUCAUCAACUUGGUCACCUUCCUUAUCGAUCACUUAAAACAUUAGCUGAAAAGUAUGGUCCAAUAAUGCUCCUGCACUUAGGCAGCAAACCCACGCUCAUCAUUUCGUCUCCUGAAAUGGCGGAAUCCGUACUCAAAACACAUGAUCUCAAUUUUUCAAGCCGGCCCGAACCGAAUUUUGUUCGAAAAAUCACGUAUAACUAUCAGGACAUCCUUUUCGCGCCGUAUGGAGAAUAUUGGAGGCAAGCGAGAAGCAUAUGUGUUCAUCAACUUCUAAGCAACAAGCGAGUCCAAUCAUUCAGAAGCAUACGUGAAGAAGAGGUCGCGUCGGUGCUGGAAAAUAUAACAGAAUCUUGCUCGUCGCGUUCUCCGGUAAACGUGACCGACAUAUUGACUAUGCUCACUUACAACAUAAUGUCUCGGGUAGCCAUCGGCCGGAGACUCUCCGGGAAUAAAGUUGGGAAUAAGUUUAAGAAAUUAUCCGACGAAUUUUUAGAGAUUAUCGGAUGUUUUGAUGUUUCCGAUUACAUCCCGUGGCUUUGGUGGAUUAAUAAGCUUAAUGGUUUGGAGGGAAAAGUGGAUAGGGUUGCAAAAGAGUUCGAUGAAUAUAUCGAAACUAUUAUUGAACAAGCAGAGAAGAAAAGGGAGGAAAACUUUAUCAAUGAUGAUCAUCAACAAAGGAUGCAUAAUUUCAUUGAUGUUUUGCUGGACUUCCAGGAGAAAAAUGAUACUGGAUUUGUUCUUCAACGUGAUGCAAUCAAAGCAAUCAUUAUUGAUAUGUUUAUUGCUGGAACUGAUACUAUAUCGACACUUGUAGAGUCAGCAAUACUUGAACUUCUAAAAAGCAAAAGUGCCAUGACUAGAUUGAAAAAUGAGGUAAGAGGAUUGCGAGAUUCAAAAUCGAAUCGCAUAACAGAAGAUGAUUUAGAAAAUCUCCCUUAUUUGGCCGCAGUUAUUAAAGAGACUUGUCGUCUGCAUCCUCCAGCUCCAAUGCUACCACCUAGGAAAUCAAAAGACUCUAUUAACAUCAUGGGGUAUGACAUUCCUGCUGGCACCCAGGUGUUCAUCAACGUUUUCGCCAUUGGUAUGGACUCUUCAGUUUGGGAAAAUGUCGAUAAAUUUCAGCCAGAGAGGUUCUUGGACAGCUCUAUUGACCUUAAAGGGAAACAUUUUGAACUGAUCCCGUUUGGUUCUGGAAGGAGAAGUUGUCCCGGAACAGUAUUUGGUUUAAUCACAACACAACUUACACUAGCAAACUUAAUCCUCGAUUUCAAUUUUGCAAUUCCGAGUGGCGCAAGAUUGGUGGAUGUUGAAAUGAGUGAAGUUCGCAGUUUAACUAUUAGAAGGAAGAUGGCUUUGAUUCUGGAGGCGAGUCUAGCUAAUUAGUUAUGGAUCUUCAAGUUAAUAGUCAAUAUCAUAGUCUAAACAGAACGAAUUCUGUAAUCACGAUUUCAAAAUUUGUACAUAUAUACUGUAUGUCUUCUAAGUAAUUGUAACCAUAAUAUUUCUUAUUAGAUGUCUUUGGCUUAAUUGUAAACCUCCAUUGUAAUGUGUUUAACAAGAUGUUCUUAACUUUAUGACACUGAGAAGCAGAAGAACACAACAAUUUAUUAAUGCUAAAAAAUCUGCCUCAUAGUACGUAACGUGAACAUGAUGGAUUCUUCCGGAUGAUUAGUCAAUUUUUUUGAGCUGUUGAUGAUGAAGACCCCAUCCCCAAAUGUCUUUUUGAGCUGUUGAUGAUGAAGACCCCAUCCCCAAAUGUCUUU